AGUGCCAGGCCGGGGCCGCCGUCCUUGGAGGAGAAGGCACCGAAGGAGCCUCCAAGGGCUUCCGCUCCGGAGCAGGAAGAGCCCGUCACUUCCUCGACGGUGCCUCUGGAUCCGUUGGUACCUGUGACUUACAUCGAUGACAUUGUGGAGCCGGAGAGUGGGGAGCUUUCCCCCAGGGCCAGCUUUGCUGCGAGGACGGGGAGCUUGGCGGAUCAGCCUGGAGGAGCUGGCCCUGACCUGGAGAUGGAGUUUUCUUCCGUGCCCCUCUACAGACCACACUCUGUCCCCCAUCAGCGGGGAGGCAGCACCUUCACUGUCGUGCCCAAAAGGAAGCCCGUUGCCGCGGGGCUGCAGACUCUCACUGAUGCCAGUGGAAGGCCACAGCGGGAGGAAGAAGAGGAGGAGGAGGAGAGCAAAGGAAAAGGCAAAGCCGUGGAGAACGCUGACGGGCCCCAGGUGGGGCCAUCCCAUAAAAAGCGCUACCCCACAGUGAACGAGAUCGAAGUGAUUGGGGGCUACCUGUCCCUGGAGAGGUCCUGCAUGAGCAAGACGGGCUCGCGCCGCAAGAAGAUGAAGAUCUCUUUCAAUGAGACCAGUCUGCAGACUAUGUUUGAGUACCCAUCAGAAAGCUCCCUGGCAGAAGAAGAGGAGGAGGAAGAGGAAGGACACGUUUCUGAAGCAGAGGAGGACAGAUCUUCCACCUUUUACAUUCCACGCCCAAAUAGCACUUUGCCUCCCAGUACACCUAACUCAGACCUAUCCAGCUACACCCCAAAGCACUCCGUGAAGUUCAGCGAGUGGCAGGAGCAGAAGUAUGAGGAGAUGCCUGCUGCAGAGGGAUCCCUCCCAAAGGAAGCCGAUUCCCAGGGGAACCAAGUCAUGCUCACUCCGGCAGAGAAGGGCGGACUCUCCGAUUUCAGCAGCGAGCCUGCUCUGUAUUUCUGA